AUGGAAAAUAAUGAAUAGGAAGACUACAUUUAACUUAAGAAAAAUUAUGCUUUGAGAGAGAAUGAAUGGAAAAAGGAUAAAGCCUUGUAUGAAUAAAAAAUAUAAUUGUUGGAAAUUCAAUUGGAGGAUUAUAGAACCAGGGAAAUGAAUUAAAAGAAAUUGAAUGAUACAAUAACUUAGGCUAUAGAUAUUUCAGGAAAAACAUAACAAAAAAGCUAUACAGAAUUUCAAAAAUCUAUUGAAGUCUAAAUGGCGAAUAAUAAAAAGCACCAAGAUAGCAUAUCGAAAUUGGAAGAAAAACUUAGAUGUUUGAAUGAAUAGUUAAAUGAAAAGGAAAUUUAAAUUAAGGAUCUUGAACUUUAGCAGCAGAAAUAAUAAAUUACAUAUGAUCACAAAAUAUAGAGCUUAGAAUCUGAGAAAUAGUAUUUAAACUAAGAAAUUUCUAAAUACAAAGAUUAAAUAUAAAAAAAUGAGGAAAAUUCUAAGUCAAAAGAGCAAGUUUUAAAGUUACAAUGCGAAUAAGAAAUUCAAAAAAUUAAGGAUAACUUUUUUAAAGACAUGCAAGAAAAACAAUCAGAUUAUGAUUAAAGGUAUUAGCAACUAGCACAAUUAUACGAAAAGGAAAAAGAACAAUUGUAAUAAAGAUUAAUUCGAAGUUAAAAUACUAUUAAAAAAUAUUAAACUCAUAUUGAAUCCAAUCAGGAAGUACAACAAUUACAAUAAAAAUAUGAUGAAUAAAUUGCUGCUUUAAAAUAAGAAAUGCAUGAACAAUAAGUUCAAUUUCAAUAUGAAAAGAAAAUGUUAAAUAAAUAAGUUGAUGAUCAGAGGAUAAAUACUAACAAUUAUGAUAGUACCUCAAAGAAAAAAAGCUAAGACAUGAUCAAAAUUAGAAAUUCUAUAGCUUCAUAAGAAAGUCCGGUGCAGUGCAAAAGCUUUCAUAUAUCCCAGCCUGAUUUUAAAUAAGUUCUCUAAUAACCAAAGAAUUCAAUAUCUUCUAUUUAAAAGUAAUCCCUGUAACCUCCAAAAAACAAUCAAUCAUUUGAAAAAAUCAAGGCUAACAACCAUGAUACUCUCCCUAUGCCUAUUGAAGACUUUAAUCUUAUGAUGAGUAAAAAGGCGAAAUCUUAAUCAACAAAUUCUCUUCCUUCAAACAAUUUCAAUCUUAAUUCUUAUCUUCAAGAUGCUAGUAUAAUGAAAGAGGAAACAGAAACUGGAGAUGAGUUUAUAAGAUUUAAGAUAUCGAACUAAUAAACAACUAGGUUUAAUAAUGAAGUUGAUCAAAGACGAUCAUAUUCUCAAUAAGGGACUAAAACACACAGCAUAAAUUCUGCGACAAAUUUAAGUAAAAUGUUAGGGUAGACAGAUUAAAGUUAUUAAAAUUAAACUACUUCUAUCUCUACUUAAUAAAAAACUCAUAACACUUCAUUUUCCCAUUUUAAGGUUCCUUCCUUUACAUAAGGUUAGUUAAACAAUCUAAAAUAUAGUUUGUAUUAGCAAUAGCCUUAAACAACUUUGAGGAUGAAUGAUAAUCACAUCAAUUAUAUCUAGCAAAUUAAGGCGCGAUAUAUAAAUUAAGAUGAAACUAGUUAGAAUGAUUCUACUGCAAUUAAAUAUGUAAAUGAAAUUGAGAACUAGUAGCCAUCAAAAAGCAUGCAUAUAAACAAUGAGAUUAAAUUCUUGAUUGGUAAACUGCUUCAGGCGAAAGGAAAAUUAACAACUGAAUUGGAAAAUACUCAAAAAUCUUGUAGAUAUAAGACUUGA